AUUGUAAAGUGUACGCUGUUAUAAAACUGAAAUCCAGAAACAACUUAAACCCACUGGACUCCGUAGAAGCCCUAAGAGUAUCCCCUGAUGCCAAGACUCGUUUACUACCGUUAGUCACAGGAAUAUUGAUAGUUGGAUAACUUGACAUUCUAGCGGGUCAUCUGACCUAUUACCAAACGCAAUGGCUGCUCUUGAAGUUGAUUCGUACCCACGUCGGUCACCAAAAUAUUUGUCUGGAGAACCCUCUAGGAAAGUUAAGCGUGAAGCGGAGAAAGGGACCUUGGAAUCUACUCCUCCUCCCACUGAUGGGAUAAAGAAUUAUUAUAUGAACAAGAUCGAUGAACAUCAAUUUAUCUACACCGAGAAAGUCCUCAAUUUAAGGCGACUGGAGGCUCAACGGAACGAGUUAAACGCUAAAGUUCGAAUGCUUCGAGAAGAGCUUCAGCUGUUACAGGAACAAGGUUCAUUUGUUGGAGAAGUCAUAAAAGCUAUGGACAAAAAGAAAGUGUUGGUCAAAGUACAACCAGAAGGAAAAUAUGUUGUGGACAUUGACAAAAACAUUGAAAUGUCUCAGAUAUCCCCGAACUGUCGUGUGGCUCUCCGAAGUGAUAGUUACACGUUGCAUAAAAUUUUGCCAAGCAAAGUUGAUCCCCUUGUGUCAUUAAUGAUGGUAGAAAAGGUUCCGGACUCUACUUACGAGAUGAUUGGAGGCCUGGAUAAACAGAUCAAAGAAAUUAAAGAAGUCAUUGAACUUCCCGUAAAACACCCAGAGCUUUUUGAUGCUCUAGGAAUAGCGCAACCUAAAGGCGUGUUGUUAUAUGGACCCCCAGGUACAGGGAAAACCCUGUUAGCUCGUGCCGUUGCCCACCAUACUGAAUGUACAUUUAUUCGUGUCAGUGGUUCUGAACUUGUCCAAAAAUUCAUCGGCGAAGGAGCUAGAAUGGUUCGUGAAUUAUUUGUUAUGGCGCGAGAACAUGCACCAUCUAUAAUUUUCAUGGAUGAAGUUGAUUCAAUUGGAUCCACCAGAUUAGAAAGUGGCACAGGGGGAGAUAGUGAAGUUCAAAGAACUAUGUUAGAGCUGCUCAAUCAAUUGGACGGGUUUGAACCCAAACAAAAUAUAAAAGUUAUCAUGGCAACAAAUCGUAUUGACAUACUUGACUCAGCUCUUCUAAGACCUGGCCGAAUUGAUCGGAAAAUCGAAUUUCCUGCUCCGAAUGAAGAAGCUCGAUUAGAUAUCCUGAAAAUACAUUCUCGAAAGAUGAACUUAACGAGAGAUAUCGACCUGCGUAAGCUAGCAGAAUCAAUGCCUGGUGCCAGUGGUGCAGAAGUCAAAGGAGUUUGUACGGAAGCCGGUAUGUACGCGUUGCGAGAACGUCGGGUUCACGUUACGCAAGAAGAUUUUGAAUUAGCAGUUGCUAAGGUGAUGCAGAAAGAUUCUGAGAAAAAUGUAUCUAUCAAGAAACUGUGGAAAUAAGGCUUUAAAUUUAUUUAUUUUAUAUGACUAAACAGUACCAUUUUCUUUUGUAAAAACGUUACUGGUAUAUUCUGUUUUCAUUCUUUGUCUACUUGUUCACAGAAAAAUGAACACAUUUUUUCCAGUUAUUUAAAUCGCUUCCAUAGACUGCUUUAUUUUUUAGUAACUAGGGUUUUGUUCUAAAUAUGUAAAUUGUAGGUAAUUAACACUCAUACGUUUUUAUUUUAUUGUUACGCAAUUAUCCGUGUAGAUUUAUUCUAUCACUCGUGUGUCAUAAACAAAAAUUUCUAGGUGCAACUUGGUAAUUUAGUGCUUGAGACCUAAAAAUAUCAUACUACCCAAAGUAAACCUGGGUUCAAAUCUGCAGUUCAGUGAUUUAGUUUCGUAUUUUUAGUCCUGAACUUUUGCUGCAUAAAUUUAACAGUAAGGCUCAGUCAUUCAAAAAAACGUAUAGCACACAUAUUUCAUACCAUAUCAGCACUGUGAAAUCCUAUCGUCUAGACAAAUUCGAGAGAAGUAAAAAUAAGAAUGUCAGCAGAACACAUUAAAUGUGAGCAGUAUGCUUUUCGAAAGAAUGAAUUUGCAUAUAUGUCCCUGGUCCUGAUUGACUGACAGAACGAACUUGCAAAAUAAAUAAAGUAUAAGAUGACUUUAAAAUCCAUGAUCUAAUGAAAAAAGUGUCUGUUUUGACUGGUUGUGAUCCAUGUCACCGAGCGUCUUAUUACGACAAAUUGCAAAAAUCGAGCAAAAUCCAAUCAGAUAGUCUUAGUUCACAAACAGCUCGGUCACUGACGUUAUGAACUGAUACCAUGUUUUGGUUUGGUUGUAUCUAGCUUUGCAACUCACCCCCACACCGUCAUUGUCGCCUAUCGAAGUAGGUGGUAGUGGAAAAUACUGCAGUUAUGAUGUGGGUUAUUUACAUCCAUAUAAGUAGUAUAUAACGAUGGUCAGACAUAGAAUGUAUUUCAGCAGGUCGAUAAGGAAGGAACGGAACGCAAUUGGUAUGAAAAUGCAUAGACAAUGGACUGAUAUUCGCAAAGGAACAGUCAAAUUUGGGACGAUGGAUUUAUAUUUUGCAACUUAACUAUUUAUUACAUGGUUCUCAGAUUUUGUUGUAAUUUCGUGUCAAAUGCAUUUGAUUAUCCCCACUCAUGUUCUUGUUCACUACACAGUUAAUAAAGUGGAAGUACUUCGUCAAGU